CAGUUGUCCAGCUGACAUCUACUCUUCCUGUCCACCAGCUACACUCCCAGGUACAACUUACCAAGCUAUGAUACAGAGCUGAGACAAUGGAGCUUCCGUGGCCAGUGAUUGAAGACCAAGAGACAGCAAGAAAUACCAGCUAUAACGUGGCAGUCUCUAUCAGCUACAGGAAACAAAGGGAAGAAACUUGUGCUGACUACGUCAUCAAAAGUGGUGUAGGAGUUCCGAAGAUGGCUGGUGUCGGCGCGACAGCGAGGAUUCAAUCGAAGAAACAAACGUUAGAAGAUGCGUACUCUCCUCCAGCAAACUUUCUUGAAAUAGACGUGUUGAAUGCAGAGACCCACGGUAUCGGGAAAAAGAGGUUUACAGACUAUGAAGUUCGCAUGAGGACAAAUCUGCCAGUAUUCAAGAUGAAGGAGUCCAGCACACGGAGAAGAUACAGUGAUUUUGAAUGGUUACGGAAUGAGCUGGAGAGAGAUAGCAAGAUUGUGGUCCCCCCUCUGCCAGGCAAAGCGUUAAAAAGGCAGCUGCCCUUUCGAGGAGACGACGGCAUUUUUGAGGAUGAAUUUAUUGAAGAACGAAGGAAAGGAUUAGAGCAAUUUGUCAACAAGGUUGCAGGGCACCCAUUGGCACAGAAUGAAAGAUGCUUACACAUGUUUCUACAAGAACCCAUGAUAGAUAAAAACUAUGUCCCUGGAAAAGUUAGAACAACGUGAGGGGAAAACAAUCAAAUUUGAUAUUGUUAAUAAUGUAGCAGGCAAACUAUUUAUGUAGACUUUUAUUCAUGAAAUUUGUUGUCAUUCAAGAGGCGCUCUUGAGUUGACAUUGUUGCUGACAGUACAGAGGUAAAGAGAGAUGGCAUGGUUGACCACUGUGGUAUUAGAUGUCUCUGACACCUAACGUGCUGUCUUCAGGAACAACUAGUGUUAUUUCUUGGUUGCAAUCAUUGAAAACAUUGAUAUUAUCUGGACAUGUACCAGUAAUGAGGUAUUGACAUCGGUAUUGAAACAAUUGACUGAAACUGUAGAAAGUCCUGAAAACUUAAGUUGACAGAAGUCGGCACAAAGAAAUAAAUUAGUUGUGAUUUCAUUUUAAUCAAGACAUUUCAUAGCAUUUUGUAAAAUGUUUGCAGUUUGCUCUUAAGAACUUGUCAUUCUGGCCUUGUAUUUUGAACAAUACCAGUAUAGUUGUGCAAAAAAAAAAAUGUCACAAUAAAAUCAUUAGGCUUGCACGAUUUCCCACUUUUGUACGCGUUUAGAUUAGGCUGAUGUACAACAGCACAAAUAUUGUAUGAAUAUCAUAGCUUUAUAUGGACAUAAUUAUGUACAUCUUUGUUUAGUUCUAGGAUUCAAGAUGUUAAAUUUCUCAACAUAGUCAACAUUGCCUAUAUUAAACGCGCUAUAUCACCCAUGGAAAUACGCCCAUUUUACUAGUUCAGCAUGUCCAUGUUUAAAAAAAGCCACUUGCAAAUAGUAGAAAAGUGUCCAUUCUUUUUUGCUUCUGGGCGCUAUAGUGUAAAUGUCAAAUUCUUACACUGGUAAUGUUAGCUGUGCCAGUUUUUCAUUCCUUGCACAUGGAUUCAUGAGAAUUAUUUUGAAUAAAAUAACAUUAUUGG